AUAAAGAUGGCGACGUUUUCGACAGCUUUCAAGUCGACUCAACCUAAUGUACACUUAUUCUCGGAAAAUGAACAUAUGUUGGCUUCUUCUGUGCGGUGUGGCGUUGCUGCUCUCCUUACCUGUUUGUGUGACGAGCUCAGUGCCGACAGGAACAUUUCAGACCAGAUGUCUUGAGCGUCACUUUUUGCUAUCGGUCAAGUCCAGUUUCCUCGGUCUAAAGACACGUUUUGACUUUGAAGACCAGUAUGGACUCCACUUCUUGACUGGUCAGGAGGCCACACUCUGCGGUUACAGCGUCAUCAUCAGUGAUGUAGGAGACCUGGUGUUUAGAGCUUCCUUCCUCGCCUGCCACGUCCAAAGCAAGACAGACACAGACUAUCACCUGCGUCUGUGGUUUGUGAACGUACAGGCUGAUGGGGAGGUGGAGGUGUAUCCCUUCCAGCUUCACUGUUUACUUCAGGGUCAGUGGAGCCCCAGAGAGAUCGUCUGUGAGGAAAACUACAUGGAGGUGUCUGUCCAGCGACCUCUCCUGCCUGUAACAUCCAAAAAUCAGAAGAAGGGAUCUGAUGGGGCAGACCUGGCUGUGAUGUUCCACACAGCGGACCACCCUCCACGUGAAGCGAGGGUCUUGUCCCCAACUAAAGCUGCUGCUCUGGGUUACCACAUCUCCCUACGCAGCUCGCACCUCAUCCUCCGCUGUCCCUACUCUUCCCCCCGCUCAUACUUUAUCAAGGACACGGGAGCGGAUUUAGAGAUCGUCAGAGCAACACUCAUGUUCAGACUUCAGAGCAACUUACUGUCUGUUGACGUCACUGUUGCCUGUCCUCUGAAUGAGGCUGCAGCAGACGGGCCUGACCUGCUGUGGACGGUUCCUUUAAUUCUGUCUCCAUUAGUCCACGGUCAGUUUAAGGACAAAGGCGUGAGGAUCGGGGUGAACGGCCGGAGUCUGACUGAGUCAGAGUUUAAAGAGAGAGGAUUUAAGAUGGGCCUGCAGGAGGGGACAGUGGAGGUCAGGAUUCCUUUAGGAGCCAGUGGCGGACACAUCAGGAGUGGUGUUUUGAUGGGACAGUACAGUCAGGCUAUGUCGGUGGAUCUGUUUUUCAUGAGUCAGUGGGAGGAUGAGCGCUGGCCUCUCACACAGUAUCGCUCCUUCAGGCUCCUUAAGACUCCUCUCAUCCCACAAAUCCCCAUUUUCACCGACAACACAGUCCCGUCAGAGGGAUUCUUUUCUGUCACUUUGGGCGUGUUUGCAGCCGACGUCUCUCUCCAGAAGGUGACGGUGGACGGUAGCGGUGACCUCCUAAUUUGGACCUACAGCAACCAAACAUUGAGCGACAAAGACCUCAGCGUGUCCAAACUCUCCCAUCCCAACGGGAGUCACUCCUACCGAGUCCUUGUCCCGGUGUCACACCCAAAAGUAAUCCCAGAGCAUAUAGGUGGUGGCUUUAAGACGUACAGCAUCUUUUUCACCUUCAGUCUUACCAUCUCACCCAGUGGAGACGUUUUAUACCAUCAUGCCUCUAUAGAGCCAAGUGUUGAACAUAAAGCAUCAUCUUCUCCCAAGCUUGAAGGGAAGUGCACAGAGAGCAGCCUGCUGGUGCUGCUGCACCACGGGGCCCAGUCUGAGCUGCAGUGGGAGCUCUACCUGGGAGUGCGUAAGGUGGACUGGGACCUGGUUAAGAUGGGUGGGCUUGUGCUGGAGGCGGAUGAGGACUACUUGACUGUGGAGAUCCCCCUUUUCAGCCCCGUGAUGAACUACGGGGAGGUUACAUUGAAGGGUUUUGUCGCUGGAGUCGAGGUGUCUGUUGUGGAUGCGGAGUCCUUGAAACCAGAGGACCGUCUCGUCCAUGAAUGCACCUUCCCUGUGAGAGAGUUCCUGUUAUGUUUGUCAGACGGGAGGAUAGUGGCAGUAGUUGACACCACCCACACAAUCCCGCCCGCUCAACCUAACCGAACCACCCUACUGGACCCGGGCUGUGUUCCCAUGGAGACGGACAGUGCUAGAGCCCUGUUCAGCUUCAGCCUGGACUCCUGUGGGACAACUGUGAAUACUGAAGGAAACUUCCUCCUAUAUGAAAACCAGAUCAGUUACAGUCAAGAUUUUCUUCCUUCCAAGGAUCCUCUUAUUCACAGAGAUUCUCCCUACAGACUGACAAUUCAGUGCCGCUACCCGCUAAACGAGAGCCGCACUGUCGCUUUUCAUCACCCUUUGACCUCCUCUCUCCAUCUUUUACCCACUCCAGUCAAACGCAUACGCAGGCAGGCAGCAACCACAGUGUAAGUUUGGACCACAUGGAUGCUAAUCUCCAUGGUUUUUCUUCUCUUUUCUACUCUUGGAGUGUCUGCCUGCCUUUUCUGUAAAUCAAAUAAAUGAGCACUUUAUAUUUCACAUUUUUAGUAUG